GUCGAUGGUUGUUUUGAUUUUAAGGAAGUGUGGCCGCGUUAUGGAGUCUGUAGUAGGAAAGAUUUAAGUGAAAGAAAAUGACUAAUCCCAUGUUUGGUGUCAUAGUCUCUGGACGGCUGGUACAAACAGAUUUUCAACCUGUAGAUGAAACAAAAUUUUUUAUUACAAUUCCUGAUGCAGAUAAUAUAAAUCAUAUAGUAGUAUUUCUAACUGGUGCAAUUCCUUUUCAAGAUGGAAUUGGUGGCUCAGUAUAUUUUAGUUGGCCAGAUCCUGUAGCUCCACCAACUUGGCAAUUUCUUGGUUACAUAUCCAAUCAGAAACCUAGUGCAAUUUUCAAAAUUUCGAAACUGAAAACAGAUUCUACAACAGCAAAUCCAUUUGCCCCACAACCAGUCUCGCACGUUGCACAAAUUGGAAUAUCAGUAGAACCACUAGUUCAUAUACAAAGUCAAAUACCAGUAACAGAUGAUAAUGCAGCUGUUAGUAAUUUUAUGGAAUUUGCUACAAAAAUGCUUGAAAACUUCUUUAAUUUUGCAUCUUCAUUUGUAACAAAUCCAGCAGCAGUUGCACUAAGCCCAACUGAAUUUAUCCCAAUAAGUGUUUUUCAACAAUGGUAUACAAACUUUCAAAGACGACUCCAAACCGAUCCAAACUUUUGGAAAUAAGAAUAUUUGUUGUGUUAAUAUUAUCAAGACCAAAUGUUUCAAUUACUGAAUAAUUUUUCUAAUGGGUAAUUUUCAUUAAACUUUAAAAAAAUCUGUAUUGUUUUAUAUGCUGUGUACUUCCAGAAAUAUGCAAUCAUUAUGUUCUUAAAACUAAAAUAGAUCUAUAUUCACGUGCUUAGAUGAGCAAUAAUAAUUUUUGCCAUCAACCAAACAAUAUCAAAGGGUUGUGAAUUAAUUUCAUUAUUUCUUUACUGGUUAAGUAAAAUUUUGAUGUUGAAUUCCAAUUUUAAGUUUUAGCUUCAUACAUUCAAUUUCUAAACUUAUUAUAUGUAUAUUUUUAAUUACUUGAACAUUGACGCUAAUAUUUCUUUGAAUAUAAUAUAUUAUAUAAAAUUUCUUUUCUAAAUGAUAGUAUGUAUUUUAUCUCCCUAAUCAAAUAUUCUGUUCAAAUGCUUAAUGAUAAAAUGUAAAAUUUCUGCUACAAAUAUUGCAAAAUGCUAUAUUUUAUUAUAUUACAUUUAAUGCUACUAUAUAAUAUUUAUGUAUAAUUAAUUGUAAAUCUUGUAACUGAUAUUCUGUAGUUGAAAAAAGUAUUAAUACUAUAAAAAUUUGAGUUUUAUAAA